AUGCCAACGAUAUCCCAACUUUUUUACGUGCAGGAGAGUUCGUGCAAAGGAGCAAAGACCCAUGCCCCUACCCUUGAGGGCUGGAACGACGUGAGCUACAACGGAUGUCCCCAGAUCAGAACGGCCAACAUCGACGCGUUGGCCUGGAGCGGCAUACGGCUGCGGCGCUAUUACACGCAGUCCAUGUGCACCCCGUCGCGGGCGGCACUGAUGACCGGACGGUAUCCAAUUCACACAGGUAUGCAACACUUCGUCCUCAUGGAGAUGGAACCUCGCGGGCUUCCCUUGAAUUUCAAGCUUCUUCCUGAAUGGCUCGGCGAUCUGGGAUACGUCCGUCAAAUGCUCGGAAAGUGGCAUCUGGGCUUCUAUAGAAGAGAAUACACUCCGACAAUGAGAGGUUUCCAGACGCACAUCGGCUCCUGGGGCGGCUUUCAAGACUACUAUUCUCACCAAAGAGGUCAUCCUAAGGUUGCCUUAGGAGGAUUUGAUUUUCGACGGGGACUUUUAGGGGGCCGGGAGUUUGAUGGUCGAUACUACACUGAGCUCAUGACAGAAGAAGCUAUCAGGAUCAUCGAAACCCACCCCCUGGAAAAGCCACUGUUCCUGUACCUGUCCCACCUGGCGCCGCACAGUGGGAACCUACGUGAUCCUCUGCAGGUUCCGAAGAAAUUCAGCGACAUGUCAAUAGGCUCACGGAAUAGAACUAUAUACGCCGGCAUGGUAUCCGCCCUCGACGAAUCGGUAGGCGCGGUUGUUGAAGCCCUCGGCAGGCGAGGCAUGUUGGCCGACACUGUUCUGGUUUUCUCUUCGGACAACGGCGCCAAUUCCAGAGGCGAGAAUCCCAAUUACGCCUCCGCGUGGCCCUUCAAGGGACAGAAGAUCACGCCCUGGGAAGGAGGUGUCCGCGCCCCCGCUAUCAUCUGGAGCCCGUCGUUAAGCGGCACGCAGGGGAGAGACUACAGCAACAUUUUUCACAUUUCCGACUGGCUGCCCACCUUGUACCAGCUUGCUGGCGGUGACCCGUCGGACCUUGGCGACAUUGACGGCAUCAGUCAGUUGGAGGCCCUUAGACACGGGACGGAGGCGCCGAGAAAGGAAGUCCUCAUCAACAUCGAUCCCAUCGACAACGUCACCGCCAUCAUAGAGGGCCACUUCAAGCUCGUCAGCGGGACCGUGAAGGGAGGCGCAUUGGACGACUGGUUCCAGAUUCCUGGAAACGUAGCGUGGGACACCGACAGAACUCGCCACGAGUGCGAGACGUCCGUCGCUGCCCAAGUGCUGAGGAACUCCGGUCACGACGUCACCUGCGGCUCGGGCCAGGGGUCCUACGCGAUUCCGGUCAAGUGCGGUCGGAGAGACACGAGCAAACCGUGCACGCCAACCCUGGCACCUUGUCUAUUCGACUUAUCCGAGGACCCCUGCGAGUACAACAACGUUGUGGAACAACACAGCGAGGUAGUGCGGAGGCUCCUAAAAAAACUUGCAGUGUACAAGGCCACUUCUUGGUCCCCUGGCAACGUACCUGAAGAUCCACGAGCACACCCGGCGCUGCACAACGGCGCGUGGGUUUCGUGGGGUGACGUCUAUCCGCAGCUAUAGAAAGCGCUUACGGGAGAAGGUCCCAGUUUUCAGCAAAUCCGUGACAUUUAUAGGGCCAGCUAGCUUUUAGCGAUUUUGUCUACGUGGCGUGUAGCCUCGCGGACGACGUCAUGGUGUUCACGCGACGUCAUCGGAGGUUUGAAGGGUUUACCAUUCGCCUCGAUGGCUCCGAGGUAAAGCGCCGGCCUACGGAUUCCCAGGUGUCGGGUUCAAAUCCCGGCCGAGGUGCCCGCAAUAUGACGCAUGCUUAUUGCGGAGAAGGCGCCAUGUAAAGGCUUAUUCACACGAUGCAUCUUUUGAACACGCCACAGUUUAGCAAAACCGAGAUUUCGCGAAAUCGGCCUGUUUACACGUGGAGUUUGACGCGCGAAACCUGUGACGUAUUGACUCACGAGAAUUUUUCCAAACCUUGUCAUCUACACCGGGAAUAUCAAGCGAUUCGCAGCAAAAUGAUAUGAAGUAUGCAAGGUGCGAAGAGACAGUUUGUUUUCUUAAUACCACUCAACGAACUUCGUCAGAUUUGGCUCACUGGGUUUACUAGUCCUGCCAAACCCGGGAAAGACCGCGAACGUCAAAGAAAAAGCGUAUGAUGUCGCAGCAUUUCGGACAUUUUUGCACCGGUCGUAAAGAAAGUUAUCCCCAGCCAUUAUAUUGUAUAUCCGGUGCUUGCACUCGUCGCGACUGUUGAUGAAUCUGCACCGCCCCACCAACCCGUACUGCUAAACGCCGUUCACACACUUGCAACCAAGUAGGACCCGCACGCACCGAUUCUCCGCUUAUCGCUCACCUCCAUGUUUGCUUGUCUUUUUUCGGCUUUGGCUCGGAUACGGAAUCGGCCAAAAAUCAGACUCCUCCAAAAGCUCGCUCCGCCUCGAAGGUCAGACGUUACAGCCAAGUCAAACGGUCAUUGGCAGCGUCUGCGUUUCUCCUUCGGAUGAUUGACAGGCCUCGGUGAGGUUUCAAAAAAAUAAAUUGCCCCAGAAGCGACGAACACGCGCCACUUUUAUCGGAGGCGCGCCACUUCUUCGGUCGCGUUCAGACGGGGAACCUGUUUCCCGAAACCUAUAGUUUCGCGACACAAAAUUCGCCAACAGAAGAUCACCAGACCUCCGCCGGGGCACCCCAGAUGUCUGUCGUUGGUUUGGCACGUAAAACCCCCAAGUUUGACUUUUGAUAUGAAGACUUUACCAUGACAUCAUCACGUGAACAUAAUGACGUCGAGAGACAUCAUCAGCUCGGUUCCCGAGAUGCCACAGUGUCAUGUGACAUGGUGACGUGACAUCCCGCAACCCUGUGAGUCACGUGAAACUGGCAUCACGUGACUUGACGCCACGUUACAUUGUCACGUGACGCCCCAUGACACUCCGAUAUCAUUGUGUGACGUGGUCACAUGACGUAACGUCACGUGACACCGUUACGUCAUAAAGUAUUUAUAAAUGUAAUACAUCUAGAGCGCCUUUCCUGGCAUGUGCCUCCGCAUAUGUGCAUUUUCUAUGCUGUAGCAAGAAGAAUAAAAAACGACUUUGCGACUCUUGGAACAUGUUACACACCUGCGUAGGACGGUUAGAUCAUUAAACGAAAAUAUAGCGUACUUAAUUUUUUAGCUUGUCAGAGAAAUAAAAGAAAAAAAAACAUACGUGUCUUUU